GAUACAUGAUGAUACAUUGUAAAGAUAAAAAAAAUAAAAAUAAAUAAAUAAAAAUAAAUAAAAAAAAAACACAAAUAAUAAUUACUUAUUAGCUACAUCUUUUUUUUUACACGUUUUAGUGUAGAAUUUACUUAAUAUUUUCAAUUUCACGCUUAAACUAACUUAUUCCAUAUAGAAAAUACUUAAAGUUUUCAGGUAUUACCACAAAAUCAUUUUAAGUGUAGUUAUUGACAAAGUUUGCUGUAAGAUAUACAUAUAUGUUCCAUAUGUUUGGAUACAGACAUAUUAAACAUAAGCAUAUAUGCAAUAGCCAACGAUAUUAUCCCAUAGUCAAAGAUUAAUCGGAUCGAAUCUCGAACUUUAUCACGUAUGAAUCACGUCUUCAAAGAGGGCGCCUUUUCUCCGCAGAAUCGCCGCUUGCUGACGUUUUCUGGCUGUCAUGUGAUUAGCCGCUGCCCGUACUCAGGGUUCAAUGAGAGCUGUUUGCCCCACCCAUCUCUUCAACGCUAUCUGUCUCAAUGUACAAUUCACUGAGAAAAGGAAAUAAUCGCUGAAAAUACUCCCUCGAAAAGGAUUCAUCCGCGACUAUUUGGGAGGCAGCUCGCUCCGUCCACCGGGAAAUCGCUGUCAUUUGUGGUGUCGGAUUUAUCUUCACGUUUCCAAAUGCACAUGUAUAGCCGAUCCACCACCCGAAUUCAAGAAGGAUACAACGCGUAGCCUGACAGCGGACUCGGACUGCGAUAACCGGUGAAAUAUCGACGGAUUCUCCCGAAUCGCUUCGGAUCGGUCGCAUUUGCAUCUGCGGUCGAAAGAACCGUAGGAUCGGCGCUCGCGUCAAAGCAGAGCUUACGGAUGUGAGAAGAAAUUCAAAUUAUAGGAACGGAGAAGACGGCGAAGGGCCUCUUUUGAUUUGGACAAGCCGAAAAAAAAAAAAAAAAAAAAAAAAACGUGAUCAGUCACCGUACGCAGUACAGGAGGGGAAAAAACGUCUAUCUACGAGGGAUUUCUUUUUCUUUUUUAGCUGCACCGUAUUUUUCUACGAGACUACGUCGUUUUAUAACGGAGUUAAAAGGUUCUUGUCGGCCACGGCGCAGGGCGGAAUGAUCCACAUGCCGUCAUUUUGGUGGAAAUAUUUAUUUUUUUAAUUUGUAGCCACCCUUUCUAUCUCGUUCUGCCCGUCGCGUUGUAUCGGCGAACGGAUUCGACAUCAACGUACAGAAAAUAGUCACAUUUUGCGGAGCUGUUGAUGAUUUUAAUAGGAGUGCUGGGCAGAAUCGUUAUUUCAGGAACGCGACCAUGGAUUCGCGACGGGAAAUUCGCUAAAUCGCGUUUGGAUUUCUGUGCCUCAGAAAGCAGUAACGAAAUCAUCCAUGUGACGUCUGGAUGCACAUUCAUACACACAUAGCGUUUGACGAAGUCUCAUAUUUUAUCGCAGCAAACGCUCGACAGGACUCGGCCGUCUGUAGGCCGGCCUAGUGUUUUCACCACCUCGAGCCCUCCUAUUCUCGCCAAUACUAGUCACCCAUAGAGUAAUAGCUUUCAUAUUUCCCCGUGCUAGCACUGCACGUAACAACGAAAUCCUCUGUGCUAUUCGGAAUCCACGGGAGUUAUGUGCAUGCGAGUAUAAAUGUCCCGGUUUUCCAUCGAAGUGUUUUGAUCGGAGGCCAAUCGAGGAAUUUGGAUCAUUUAUUCACACGGUAUAUUCACCUCUCCCCACCUCCCGCCCACCCCCAAAACUUUUAUUUGGGUUUUUGGGAAAAUGGGUUGUUUGGGCAACAGUAAGACUGAGGACCAGCGGAACGAGGAGAAGGCUCAGAGGGAAGCAAACAAAAAGAUAGAGAAACAGCUCCAGAAAGACAAACAGAUCUACAGAGCAACUCAUCGACUACUACUGUUAGGAGCUGGAGAAUCGGGAAAAAGCACCAUAGUCAAACAGAUGCGCAUUUUACAUGUCAAUGGCUUCAAUGCUGAGGAGAAAAAACAGAAAAUUCAGGACAUCAAGAAUAAUAUAAAAGAAGCUAUAGAUACUAUUGUGACGGCGAUGUCCAUGUUGGCACCUCCAGUCCAGUUAGCCUGUCCAGCGAAUCAGUUUCGAAUUGAUUACAUCCUCAAUUUAGCCAAUCAAAAGGACUUUGAGUUCACACCGGUGAGUAGAAAGGAAUUUUAUGAACACACAAAGACCCUUUGGCAGGAUGAAGGAGUGCGAGCUUGCUUUGAAAGAUCCAAUGAGUACCAACUGAUCGACUGCGCACAGUAUUUCCUGGAUAGGAUUGACACUGUGAAACAGAGCGACUAUACUCCCACUGAUCAGGACUUGCUCAGAUGCAGAGUUCUGACUUCUGGGAUCUUUGAGACAAGAUUCCAAGUGGACAAAGUUAAUUUUCAUAUGUUUGAUGUUGGCGGACAAAGAGACGAACGCAGGAAAUGGAUCCAGUGUUUUAACGACGUGACAGCCAUCAUUUUCGUGGUAGCCAGCAGCAGUUAUAACAUGGUACUCAGAGAGGACAAUCAGACCAACAGACUCCAAGAGGCACUUAACCUGUUCAAGAACAUCUGGAAUAACAGGUGGCUUCGAACCAUUUCUGUUAUUCUGUUCCUAAACAAGCAAGACUUGCUUGCUGAGAAGGUUUUGGCGGGGAAGUCAAAAAUUGAGGAUUACUUUCCUGAGUUUGCGCGCUACACUACACCGGAUGAUGCAACACCAGAGCCAGGGGAAGAUCCACGAGUUACGAGAGCAAAAUAUUUCAUCCGAGACGAGUUCCUGAGGAUCAGUACAGCGAGUGGCGACGGCCGGCACUACUGCUACCCCCACUUCACCUGCGCUGUGGACACGGAAAACAUCCGCCGAGUGUUUAACGAUUGCAGAGACAUCAUCCAGCGCAUGCACCUACGGCAGUACGAACUCUUGUGAUCGCAACAGUGAUGACGGGACGCAAAAUCACCACCGGAACUUUCUAUAGGCCACCUGCCCUUACAUCAUGCCCCAAUAUCAAACUGAUGAGUCCCCACCUCUUACGCAUACGCACACAUCAUACAUUAUAUAUAUAUAUAUAUAUAUAUAUAUAUAUAUAUAUAUAUAUAUAUAUAUAUAUAUAUACAUACAUGCGCACACACACACACACAUGGCCUUUCUCCAUCCUGAGUGUCUAGGGGCUGGGGCAAUGGGACGCACUGUGUUACUGAUGAAAGCAUGGCUGUGAUACCUGGCAAAAAGACUUGUUAAUGGAGCCAAGGACUACCAAUGUUAAUAAAGAGAGAGGAAAACUAAACAUUUGAGAGAGGUAGGGGAGGGAGUGGGAGAAAAGAGUAAAAAAUGUCCAGGACUGCUCGAACUCAAGAGUCUUCUCAGGACGAGGAAGUCAUUUCAUACACAUACAGACACGUAACGCGUCCAGCUAAACUCUUGACCCACAGUCCUAUGUAUGUUACACGUCAAACUGUCUUUUUUCUGAUCAUAUGCCUAACACACGUUACUUAUAUUGAUGCGCACGCACAAAACAUACACACACACACAUGCUGUUUUUAUCCUCCACCGUUUUUUGGUCCUGUCGAACGUUUAGUUCCUGUGUGAGCCUGGCUUGUCCCACCCCAACCUUUUCCCUUUCCCAAAACCCACAAAUCCCAACCCACAGGUGGACAGAUCCCCUUGGAGGAGAGCAAAAAAUGAACCGAUACAUUAAAAAAAAAAAAAAGAAUGUAAAGCAAAUUGUUUCUUUUUUCUGCAAAAAAAUGAAAAAAGGAGGGUUUGGAGUGGUUUACUGCCCCGGGUUGCUUUGAGUGUGGAGCGGCGAAUGACUUUAACACAAGACCUAUCACAUGACUGGCUUCUCGGAGAGGCAAGCGCAUGCAACGCUAGAUUCAUGCAGAACAGUGAACUAAACGCAGUGCAAAAAAUCCAAAUUAUAUAUAU